UUCCAACCACAAGCCACUUCUCCAGCCUCUAGACCACAGCUGCCCGCAAUAGGCUCAUUUCUGAUGACUGAUGAAAUGGAACUCUUAAAGGUUCUAGAACUCCUGUGCUUUGACGUCUCCUCUAUAUAGAACUGCUGUUUCACAGUGAAAACAUUCUGCUGUAGUCUCUUUAGGUGUUCCUUUGAUCCCAACACAACAGUUUGCACUACGAUCUCCAGCAGAUUCGACGCUGUCACACAACGUUUCUGACAAAGCAACUCAUACGAAAUUUUGAAGACACGAUUCUUCAGAAAUAUUCAUUUUUCUGCAACCAAAGAAGCUUCCUUGAAUUCAGUUACAAUGGACAGAGGAGAUGGACCCCACAACGGUGCUAACCACAAUGCUCCUGACCUCGUUAUGCCAGACUUAGGAGACGGACCCCACGUUGGCCCUAACCAUGCUGAACCAGUACAUAACCCACAGCAAGAAAUACUGCAGGCCAUUGAACAAGAUGAGCAACUUGAUGCUGGAAUGAUUCACUUGCUGCGGUUCAUUUUAAUUAAUGGACUUGUGAUAGAAGCCAUUGAUUUACUGAGGCAAAUUAGGGAUGAACUGGAGGCCAACAAUAUUGUCAACAAUUUUGACAAUAAUGAUGAUGACAAUGAAGAACGAGCUGAAGAAGAAUAUGUAGAUGGUCGACAAGUUGAAGAUGCUCCUGCCGAGCCUCGAGUUGACUUGGAAGUCAACCAUCCCGUGGAAGCAGAAGAUCCCCUGCCUGGAGGAUCCGGGAGGAAUGAACCGCCUGGUGCCAUCUCUGACAGUGACCUCGACAGUGAUGCUGAGGAAGAAGCACCCUCCAGCAGCUCAGUGCCUGGAGGAUCAAGGAGGAGGUCAAGAGAGGAAGAUGAAGGAGAUAAGAUGAGCAGGAAACGAUUCAGGUGCUGGAAUGAAUUGACAGACAGUGACAGUGACACUGACAGCGACACAGAUGAUGAAGAAGCAGCGCACUCUUCUAGCCAGCUGUCUGGAGGAACCAGCAAGAGAAGACGAGAGGAGGAGGAUGAUGAUGACAGCAGAGGCAGCAAACAAUCCAAACGCCGACGCUAUUAGACUUAGACUUUCUUUAUUUGUCAUUUGGAUUUUCAUUGCAAACGAAUUUUCGGUACAAUGACUCAAGCACAGCAGGAAUUACCGACAAUAUUCUUUAAAAGAAAAAAAAUAAAAAAUAUAA